CGGUGCAUCACGGGAUACAAAAUGUUUCCUCUGAGUUCGAGCUAAUGCUAAUUUACGAGAGUUAACAUCGUAUAAAUAUAUAUUGCACUCUUUUUUUUGUGCAGCGACUUUGGUUUCAGGAUAUAUUUGAUAUUGUUACUGCAUUCCACUGAAGUCAUGUCAACAAAAGCGGAGUGCAGAGUCUCCAGCUCCAGCUCCAGAACAGACGAACGGACGAGAUCAAGGAGCAGAGGGCGAGAAAAAAGGAAGCGGAAGCGCAGCCGUAGUAGAUCUUCCUCCUCAUCCUCUUCCAGUUCAUCAUCGUCAUCUUCAUCAUCUUCAUCCUCAUCGUCCUCUUCUUCAUCAGGUUCAUCACACUCAUCCAGCCGCAGUCGAAGUAGCUCGAGCAGCAGUGACUCCCGCAGUAAAUCCAGAAAGCAGUCUAAGAAAAGGAAAAAGGAGAAACAACACAAAAAAAAAGGAAAGAAAGAGAAGCGACACAAACGUAAAAAAGACAAGAAAGCAAAAGGAGAAGACAAUUCAGGACCUGUACAGAUCUCUAAGUACUUGAAGGACAGGAAAAAGGGCAAGUACAGCAUGAUUUCAGGGAAGAAGAUAAAGAUGAAAGUAAAGAAGUCAAAGAAAGACAAACAGCGGGACAAAAAUCGGGCAGAACUUCUCGAGUUCUUGAACUCUACCCUGUGAUGCCACUGUGGACACCGGUAGCGGUGGUUAGGCUCAGACAUGUCAGCAGAACUCAGGAAACAACAACUCAGCUUUGAUUUUUCUGAGGAAGAGAUGAUGAACACGACCUGAACUGACACAGGGGGCAGAACUGAGCCGGAUGGAGGGAAAGAGCUCUGUCUCUUGCAGCAAAGUGAGAUGGCGCUAUCCAGUUUCCCCAUUCUUCAGCUUUUACUCUGAUAGCUUUUGCGAUAUGAGAAGAGUUUAUGUUGAACUGUGUCGCCUGAAAUUUUAUCUGUACCCAAGAUGUUUCCACAGUAAAACUUGGCUGUGGGAACCACAGUGUUAUCAGUGUGUACUGAUAUCCUAGUUUUUAAUGUGUACAUUUGUUUUUUUAAAAAAAAGGAUGGGAAUGAUGUUUAGAACGAUGAUAAUCGACUCUACGUUGUGUUUGAUGAUUACUGUACGACUUACUCAUAACAUUCAUUCCCCAAAUUCUGUCACUUCUGUUGUGAAUUUUGUUCCAAUAUCCGUUAUUUUAUUAAACUGAAAAACAAAACACAA